AUGAGGAAAGACGACGUGGUUAGGGAUAAUCAAGGUAGAAUCAUUAGCAGGCAACUUGUUUGCAACAAAGAGGGGUGGAGGAAUAUGAGGUAUCUUGAUCUAGAUGAUAGAUCAAGGGAGGCAAGGUCACUAACGCGAACCAAGUGUCCAGCUCGGUUUAGGAUAAAGCUUGACUAUGGCUGCGGUAUAUGGAAGGUAUCAUGUUUUGUGGAAUCUCACAACCACGAUCUGACACCACUCCAAUUUGCGCAUCUGGUUCCGGCCAAUUGUCGUCUCAUUGUCACUGAUAAAGUCCAAGUGAAAAAUCUUCAUAAUUUUGGUGUCAAGACCUGCCAUAUUAUGGGGUAUAUUGCGUUCCAGAAGGGUGGAUAUCGUCAUGCUGGCUUCACACGCAAAGAUUUGUACAACCACAUUGAUCGUUAUCGUCAGUCGAAAGUUAAAAACGGGGAUGUCAAUGCGGCAAUAAACUAUUUGAUUGAUGGGCAGUCAAUUAUCAACUAUCACUGUUUUGGAGAUAUUGUUGCCUUUGAUUUAACCUACAAGAAGAAUAAAUACAACAAGCCUUUGGUCAUUUUCUCCGGAUGCAAUCAUCACGGGCAGACUGUUAUCUUCGGCUCCGGCCUACUAUCCGACGAAACCACAGAGACGUAUAAGUGGUUGUUGGAAACUUUUGUUGAAGCGAUGGGUGGGAAAAGUCCUAAAGCUGUAAUAACUGACGGAGACCUUGCCAUGCAAGAUGCAAUCAAGAAUGUUCUUCCUGAUGCGACCCAUCGGUUAUGCGGAUGGCAUCUGCAAAGAAAUGCAUGUGAAAAUAUAAAGAAUCCUAAUUUCCUGCGCGAUUUUAAGUGUCUUAUAUAUGACAACACCGACCAGAGAGACUUUGAUCGGAGAUGGGCAGCCAUUUUGGAUAAGCACAACCUUGUUAGGAGUACCUGGAUGGAAAAGACGUACGAAACUCGUGCGAUGUGGUCCCAUUGUUUCCUCCGGGAUAAGUUUUUCGGUUACAUAAGGACGACAUCACAGUGCGAAGGUAUAAAUUCUCUCAUCAGAUUUUAUGUUAAUCGCAAGAACACCCACAUUGACUUCAUGCAUAACCUGGAUAGGGCCUUAAAAGAGUAUAGAAACAACGAAUUAAUAGCUGACUUUAAGUCUCAGUUCUUAGAGCCAGUGAUGAUUACCUCGUUGGAGGUAUAUGAAAGAUUUGCAUCAUGUUAUUUCACGCGAAACAUUUUCAAGGAAAUUCGUAAUGAGAUUCAGAGGGCAGGGGCUUUGAAUAUCAAGGUACUAAGCACAACCUUGGACAAGGUCGAGUUCAGUGUGACUGCUCUUGGAGACCCGGCCAAAGAUCGACGGGUGGAAGUCGAUAGAGGUAAGAAUCUGUUCUCGUGCUCGUGCAAGCUGUUUGAAUCACGUGGUAUUCCAUGUAGUCAUGUCUUCUGUGCCAUGAAGUUCGAAAACAUACUUGAGUUUCCAGAUUCGUUGAUCUAA